AUGGAACUAGGAGGAGGAAUGAGUGGGAACCCGGAUCAUUUUGAGGGAGGAGUGCCAGUAUUUAUUCCCAGUUGGGAUGAGUUUAAAGAUUUUUAUAAAUAUAUGUCAUCGAUUGAUGAGUAUGGGAUGAAAUCUGGAAUUGUGAAGAUUAUACCCCCUAAAGAGUGGUUGGAGCAGUUGGAGGAGCCACCUAGGGUGGAGACAUUGCAAGGGAUCAGUAUUCGGAGUCCGAUCCAGCAGCACAUCAGUGGUUCGAAGGGAGUAUUUGUUGUGCAGAACGUAGAGAAACAGAAGUGUUAUAACAUUAUUCAGUGGAAGGACCUUUCUAUGGAUUAUCAGUUGCCAGAUUUGCGGGGCAGGAUGGGGUCACAGUCUCCGCAGUUGGUGGCCAAGACAGAAGUAGAACGGUCUGGUAAUGAUGUGGGGGGAGGAGGUGGUGGGAGGACAAAGUCGUCUGGCAUUAAAUUACGCAAUUAUGAAGCUUUCACCGAACAUGACUUUAAACAAUUUCAAGCAACAUACAAUGCCGAUAACUUGGCACAAUAUGAUGAUGAAGGAUACCUGAGGAGCUUGGAAAGUUAUUACUGGAAGACUUUGAACUUUACAGAGCCGAUAUAUGGUGCGGAUACGCUGGGUUCUUUAUUUAGAGACUCUUUAACGGAAUGGAAUGUUUCACGACUUCCUAAUUUACUAGACCACUUGGAAGAGAAGGUGCCUGGUGUUAACCAGUCAUAUUUAUAUGCAGGUUUAUGGAAAGCAUCUUUUGCUUGGCAUUUAGAGGAUCAAGACUUGUAUUCCAUCAAUUAUCUCCACUUUGGAGCCCCUAAACAAUGGUAUUCAAUACCACAGGAGGACUCUCAGAAAUUUUUCAAGUUUAUGAAGGAACAGUUUCCGGAGGAAUCUGGUCAAUGCAAGGAGUUCUUGAGACAUAAGAUGUUUAUUGUGAGCCCCAAGGUUCUCGAACGAAAUGGAAUCCGUUGUAAUAGUGUCGUUCACAGACAGCACGAGUUCAUGGUUACCUAUCCUUAUGGCUAUCACUCGGGAUUUAACUACGGUUACAAUAUGGCUGAGUCUGUCAAUUUCGCCCUUGAAUCGUGGUUUAAGAUCGGCGAAAAAGCAGGUAAAUGCAUAUGCAUUGAUGACUCCGUUGGUAUUGAUAUACAGAAGUUGAAAUCUUCUUACAUGAAGUCACAACACAGACAUGAAAGAACCAAUGGUUCCGAUUUGGGACCACCAAAAAAGCGUGUCAAACAAGAAACCAUUGGAUUCGCUCCUACACCACUUAUUGAGACGGGCGAUUCACUCAAGUCUUUUAAUGAACUGAUCAACCAUUCUGCGUACGAAUUACAGGCCAUGGAGGAGAACCCGCAUCAGCGAUCAAUUAGGUCAACUACUCCAAAUCAGUAUUUCGGCAAUCCGUCAAUAUCUCGAAUGUCUUCUCCUUUACUUUCUAGAAUGAUGGAUCUAUCCAACAUUGUGGAACCAACUUUAGAAGAUCCAACUUUGAAAUUUAAACGCAAAGUUUUCGCCCAAAAUAAUGCCAACAACUCUUCAAAUCCAAACCUAUCUUCAGUUUUGGGGACUGCAAAUAAUGGGACCGCAGUAUCUCCAACCCUUAAUAACCUUCAGGAAGAAAAUAUGUUAGCCCUAUCUUUAGCCUCUAUGGCUAAUAGCGGCAAUUCCUCCCCAAGGAACGCAUUCCCCCCUCUUAAUAGCGCCAUGGCGAAUUCAAGGCCUUAUACACCUACUGGAGAGUCUAUAAUAGCCCCUAGACCUUCUUAUGACCAAAACCCGUUAUCUUACUACUCCACUCAAACUACAAAAUCUCCAUUACCCCUUUUCAAGCGUAUUAGUUCGCCCAAUAGAGUUACUUUAAACAUUUCACGUGAAUCAUCUCGUUCCCCUAUAUCUUUCGGAUCUGAAUAUAACAAGCCACCAAUUUCUAAGCAACAUCCCCUAACUACAGGAACAAUACCUCUAACAUCUUUAAAUCAAGUUUCAACAAUAGGAAGAGAUGUGUCUCCCCACAGGGAAUCAGGCAGUAAAUCGUUCCUUAACAGAAGCAAACCAUCAAUUCGUAAUAUAUCAAUUGUCAAAAAUGCAACUGGUGUUAAUACAAAUACGUUAAAUUUGCUAGCCACCGAUUCAAUUACUAAUGCAGUCAUGACCGGAACAAUAAAACCUGACAGGCCAGCUUCUCCUAUUUCUAAAAUAUCUGCUGAAGAGAUUAUUAUUUCGGAAAAGGGAAAGGCAUACAUUUGUCAAGAAUGCCAGAGACAAUUUUCUUCUGGACACCACUUAACAAGACAUAAAAAGUCUGUUCACUCUGGUGAGAAACCUCAUUCAUGUCCAAAAUGUGGAAAGAAAUUUAAAAGGCGUGACCACGUCUUGCAGCAUUUGAAUAAGAAGAUACCUUGUGUUACAGAUAAACAUGAUGAUUCUGCAACAGCAACAGCUUAA